CCCCGCUGCCCCACAUGACGCCAUAGAUACUUGGAGUUGAAGCUCUAUGUAGAAACUCUAUGAACACACGGUUUGGCGUAUGCUAGCUCGACUCUACGCGACAUACAAUACACUACUCUACAUCCACUACACUAUUCUACAUUACGAUACCUCAAGGUGCCAUUCAGCCUUCAGGUACACAUCACUCCGACCACCCUCGCUCACCCUCGAGCACUCGACCGCCCCGAGCACCUGAUCCACCUGAUCCACCUGAUCCACCUCAUCCACCUCAACCACCUCAACCACCCCAACCACCCUCGCCCCCUCUCAACCACCAACCGCCCGCAAUGACUUCGACCAUAACCCUCCGCCACGCCGUUCCCAGCGACAUCCCCCAAAUCCUCACCCUAAUCCACGCCCUCGCCGCGUACGAGCGCGAGCCGCCGUCGACCGUAGCCGCCACUGAGUCAAGCCUACUACGCACUCUCUUCCCCUCCACCUCCUCUGCCCCCUCCUCUUCCACUCCCGCCGUCCCAGCCUACGCGCGCGUCCUCCUCGCCUUCCUCCCCUCAUCUAACCCCUCCCCCGCCCCUGAUGGUAGCGAAGAACCAGCAGGCAUAGCAAUCUACUUCCCAAACUACUCCACAUGGCGUGCGGCGCCGGGGCUGCACCUCGAAGACCUCUUCGUGCGGGAAUCUUAUCGGGGACGGGGCGUGGGGACCGCGUUGCUCUCCGCGCUGGCGAGGGAGACCAGGGGGAUGGGAGGUCAGAGGCUGGAGUGGAGUGUGCUUAAAUGGAAUGAGCCCAGCAUUAAGUUCUAUGAGUCGCUCGGCGCUGAGAACCUCGGUGUCGAGUGGCAGGUCAUGAGGGUUAGCGACGAGGCGCUGACAGCGCUGGCGGCGAGGGGGCCGGAGGUGGAGUGGGCGUCAGCGCCAUCGUCCCCCUACGCACAUACGUCCGGGCGAGACGAGUGAUAUGCCGUGCGAGGUCACGCGACUACUACAUACCUAGGUAGGUCAGACGAAUGAACUGCGCACUGCGGAUUCCUAUUAUAUCCUGAAUAUCCCGAUUCCUUCGUCUGUCUGUCUCGUCUGGGAGCCGUCUUGUCUCCCGACCCACGAGUCCUUCACCCUCCAUACCGGAGAAUAUCUAUAGAAAAAAGUAAUAGCAGAGCCCUCCCCCCCAUCCCCCGCCCAUCCCUUUAUCCUCCGCCAAACCCAACCGAUGAGCAUCCAACCGACCGAGCAUCCAACCGACCGAGCAUCCA